UAUAUAUAUAUAUAUAUAUAUAUAUAUAUUAUAUAUCUAUAUGCGAGUUGAUAUUUUGGAAAAGAUAAACGUUCAUGUUAUAUUGAGUGUUCAUGUUAUAUAGAGUUUUAUUUAAGACGAAGAAACACGCUAGCCCCAUCAACUCCAGGCUGGUUUCCAUCAAUUCCAUGAGGGGCGUGUUUAAAUAUUAAAAACAGUUAACAAGACUACAAAACAAGACAAUUACAGACAGUUUCACACAUAAAUAGGUUAUAUGAAGAGGUAGGAUGCGUUUCAGUGUCCAACAACAAUAGAUUUAAACAAACGAAGCGACUGGGCUGAUUUUGCUUCGUUUGGGAGCCGAUUCCAAAGCAUAGCACCGCUAUAUUUGAAUGACAAGUCGCGUAUAUCAUUCUUUCCUGGCCACUCAGCACUAAAGUGUCUUUGAAACAAAGAAAUAAGGUUAGCUACAGUAUGGUUGCAAAGGAAACAGGCCUUAUUCCAAUUUCUUUUAUAGCUUAAUUACGUAUCUUACCAGCAAUGACUAACCAGACAAACUUAUCUUCCAACGAAUCUUCCACUGCUGUUGCAUGUGAUGUUGAUGCAAGAUAUUAUCCUCAUUUCUUAUUGAUUCCUGCUGCGAUAAUUCUUACGAUUUUGGCAUUUUUGCGACGAAGAAAAAGUUACAAGAAAGAUUUUUGGGGAGGUCGACCAGGGCUCGUUAUCCCAGUAGAUUUCCUUGGUAUUGAUCAUGACCGACUUGCCACUGUGUUUGUGUUUGGAGCUGCUACUGAAUCAAUCAUUACGCUGGUCACAAAGAUUGGAAUUUCAUCAGGUUCAAACGGUUGGGAAAAAGCGUUCCUUUUCUUCGGCAUUGCAAUUGAAUAUGCUGUCAUUUAUUAUCCCUACUUUGCUUGCCUGACGACGUAUCACAAAAUAAUUGGAGCAAUGAUGGGUCUUCCUUAUUGUACAGUCAAUUUUUGUGUAACUUUGACACAAACGUUUCAGAAAUGUCGGAAUUAUUCUUCAACCACCAUCGCAUUACUCGUAUUGAUGAUUUGGCCAAUAGUGAUAAGCCAUUUAUUUAUCCUGGGCAAGUUCAUAUUCGUAUUUUAUCGGGAAAUUAAAGAAUAUGGAAUCUUCGGGGUAAAGUUAUUUUCCCGCGAUGAUGAAAGUUCGUCUCCACAAGUGAAAUUGCUCAGACCUUGGUUGGAGGAACACGUGAAGAACAUUUUUAAACCAAAACCUCCUCGUCAAUAUUCAAGAAUGCAAUUUUUUCUCAGGAAAGUUUACAAUCCCGAAAAAGAUUUUAGGUUUUCGACUGAAACUCUCUCUGUGAUGAUGAUCUGUGGCAUUCUACUUUAUAAUCUUUGCACUCUUUGCAUCUAUAUGCCAAGUGCGCUAUUAAGAAAAAUUGAGAAUGAAAAACCUUCGAAUCCUUCGGACGAAAAAUAUCUGGGAAAAGAUGUGUUGCGUGGGAUUUUUGUUUUAUUAUUGGUUAGUGGGAUCCUCACGACUGUGAUAUGUGCGCUCUCCCUCAUUCUUUUCAUGGAAAAUCAUAAGAAUAACAUGCUGAGGAUGUUCAGAGGGGAUAAAUCGUUCAUCGCUAAGCACAUAAGCGUGUCUCAGUUUAUGGUUGAAAAAGGACUUCGAUAUCAUAGUUUCCAGAUUGGAUACUUUUUGUGGGGCUUUCUUCUAAAUUGGAUUUUCGUAUGUAUCCCAUUCGUUCUUUUAUAUUCCUUGAAAUUUUCCUGGGUUCAGGAUUGGAUCCUCGACUAUAUCAGCGGCGGCGGCAUACUCUUUGGCUUGGCUUUUUUCUUUCGGCUGUGCUCCAUUGCAGCUUCUGUGACAAUAUUCCGGGAUCGUAACUUCUCUAGAAACGUCAUUUCCAUAAACAACAGGAAUAUCUAUUUGGUGUUUUCGUAUUUUUGGUUUUUCGUGGGACUUCCGAUGGGUGUCUUCUCUGCCAUAUUUCGUAUCAUAAAAACAAUGAUUGUGGGAUUUCUGAUGUUGCCCAGAAUUGAUCAUAGCAUCAUGCCUGAUGGUUUUCAACGGUUUGAUCCAGGUUACAAUGCGUACAUCUGUUAUCUUCACGUCCAAGCAGCUUUCAGAAACCCAGUUCUUCGAGUGGUUUGUCAAACACUGAUCGAUGAUCACGAAACACAAAGGAAAUGUGGACCAAAGUGGACUCGCUCUCCCCAGGCCCGCGCCAAGUGGUUCAUCGCACUCACCUUGGCUCGCAAUCCACAACUUGCAGCUGAACGAAAACGUGCGAACACAAUGUGUGUCAAAGAUAGCGACGUCAAAAUCGAUGUUGGUAAUUAUGGCCCAGAUAAUGCAGGAUUAAUACUAGAUAAGUAAACAAUGUUAAGUUUGCAUGUUUCUUUAGACUUUCUUUUUUAUUAGCUAGUUAUAGUUGUAUUAGAUUUUCUUUUUUUAUUAGUUAGUUGUAUUACGUUUGGAAACGAACCGUGCAUGACAAAACAUUUUCAUCCACACAUGCAUUUUCGAAUGUGAAAAGCACGGUGUUUUGACGAUAUCAAGCCUUGUUGUCAUGUUGUGGUUAAUGAAGAAAUGUAG